AAGGAUUCGGGACGGAGAAGUGUAGCUGUAAAGGGCCGCAGCAAGGAGGAGCGAUCACAGGCAAGUCUCCUCCGCAGGCUCUGGCUAAAGCAGCUGAGCUGCGGGCCGCGGCACCCCCACACCCGGCCCUGCCUGGCCGGGCCCGCCGGGAAGUAAGGAGGCAGGGAACAGGCCGCCAGGCUCAGGCACUAGCUUCCCCUCACCCAGCCCCGCCCCUUCCGGAGAGAGUCUGGGGCCACUGUCCUGCCAAUCGCCCGUCUCUCCUGCUCUAGCCCCGCCCCCAAACAUGGCACUGGGUUGCUGGCCACGCCCACUGUCUCUCGUGGCGCCUGCGCAGGCGCAGAGCAGGUGCCGGAAGUGUCGGAAGCGGAUCCCGGCGCGGCGAAGGGGCGCUGCAGCCGCGCUGCUCCCAGCCUGCCCCGCUCCUUGCCGGGGUCGCCUGCGCCCGGCGCCGGGAAGAUGUUGCCUUUAUCCAUCAAGGACGAUGAGUACAAACCGCCCAAGUUCAACCUGCUCAGCAAGGUCUCGGGCUGGUUCAGGUCCAUCCUGUCCGACAAGACCUCGCGGAACCUGUUCUUCUUCCUCUGCCUCAACCUCUCCUUCGCCUUCGUGGAGCUGCUCUACGGCAUCUGGAGUAACAGUUUAGGUCUAAUAUCAGAUUCCUUUCAUAUGUUCUUUGACUGUACUGCUCUACUGGCCGGAUUAGCAGCUUCAGUCAUUUCAAAGUGGAGAUCAAAUGAUGCUUUCUCAUAUGGGUAUGUUCGAGCAGAGGUACUGGCUGGUUUUGUAAAUGGUCUGUUUCUGAUCUUCACAGCAUUCUUCAUUUUCUCUGAAGGCGUUGAGAGAGCAUUGGAGCCUCCUGAUGUGCAUCAUGAGAGACUUCUUCCUGUGUCUAUAUUAGGAUUCCUUGUGAAUCUUAUAGGAAUAUUUGUUUUUCAACAUGGAGGCCACGGACACUCACAUGGCUCUGGGCAUGAGCACAGUCAUUCUCUAUUUAAUGGUGUUCUCAGCCAUGGACACAGUCACGGAGGUCACGGUCACACCCAUGAAUCCAAACAUGGCCAUGGGCAUUCUCAUGAUCACAGUCAUGGGAAGGGACACUCGCACAAUCAGGAGUAUUGUCAUGAUGAUCACUCGCUUGAAGGGGCUGCAGGAUCUAACAGACAGAUUUUAGAAGGUGUAUUUUUACACAUUGUCGCAGACACUCUUGGAAGUGUUGGUGUAAUCAUAUCAGCUAUACUGAUGCAGAACUAUGGUCUAAUGAUAGCAGAUCCUAUCUGUUCAAUGCUCAUAGCUCUACUCAUAGGAAUAAGUGUUGUUCCACUUUUAAGAGAGUCCAUUGGAAUCUUAAUGCAGCGAACUCCACCUUCCCUGGAAAGUGCCCUGCCUCAGUGCUAUCAGAGGGUUCAGCAGUUGCAAGGAGUUUACAGUUUACAUGAUCCACACUUCUGGACCCUUUGUAGUGACGUUUACAUAGGGACCUUGAAACUAUUUGUAGCUCCUGAUGCUGACGCCAAGUGGAUUCUAAGCCAAACUCACAAUAUUUUUACUCAGGCAGGAGUCAGACAGCUUUAUGUACAGAUUGACUUUGCAGCCAUGUAGUGAACAUCAUAAAUUGAGUUCUUUGGACCAAAGUUUUCUGGUACUGUAAUGGUAUAAAACAUUGUACUCUUCAAGACAGAGCCACCGCCACCCCGGUUAACCAAGACCAAAUAGACUGCUGCCUUUUGGCUACUUCUAGAGUUCACGUUUAAGGAGUAAAAACUGAAAGGAUGCGUCUUGGACUUCUGGGCUUGUCUUUUGUGGCCCCAAAACUUUUUUUUCAUUUUGUGAGGGUUUUUUUUUUUUUUUAACUUACUACAAUUGUUCCAACAGGAAACUAAGAUCGUGGGACUGCAAGUCCUGGUCAUGUCUUUAAUGAAGGGCUUGUCCAAACAAAAAAAAUUAGUUCAUAGCAAGCUGGGGCGUGAAUCUACUCUACACUAGCCUGUGGCAGACUAACUGCCCAUGUGGCUCCUGCCUUUAUGUAUUAACGGUUUGCUAGUGCACUUUGAUCUAGUCCUGUUCUAAAGAGGACUAGAUCUAAGCAUGUGUCAGCAGGGUCCAUAUUGACAGUUAGUCUCUAGCAGGCUAGCUGAGUAGAUUCACACCCCAGCUUGCCGCAAACUAACUGUUCACAUAAACAAGCCUGAAAGCUGCUUGUUCCCACAAAACCAGUGUUAUCAGAAAUUAGAGAGCGGUCUUGUACAUAAUGUCACAAUGGGUGGCAUUCUUCGUUAUAAUCGUAUGUUUGUAAAAUUGUUUGUACUUUGCAAACUUAAUGAACCAAACCAUAUUGGGGUUUCAAAGUGCCUUUAUAUCAGAAAAAGUAUUUGCCAGCAUCAACAUGGAACAUGAAGGGUUUUUAUUACUUUUAUGGCUACAGCUUGUUCACAACCUUAUUCUUGCUAGUGAUGUAUGUGACUGUGUACUUGCGUAAUUGUAGAUUUUAGACUCCCUUUUACUGUUGCAUCUUAUCAAAUGAACUGGAGUGAAAUCUGUUUAAUUUACAUUACAAGUUAAAGCUAUUGUGGGAAACUUGCUUUCAAAACAUCUGUCUAUUUGCUAUAUAUAUAUUGUCCUAAGAGUUGUUUUAACCAAAUUAAACAUUCAACCCUGGGUCUAAGUCUAUGAAUGAAAGUUUCUCAAUACUGUUAUAGUAAUUGGAAAUUGUAUUGCAAUAACCAUGUUCAUAAACUCACCAUGCAAAAGAGAGAGGCAGUUGCAGCAUAAUCAUAGUAAUGGAAGAGCUGUUUUGCUUUUAUCGUUCAAAUACGGACUUAAUCUUUUUUUUUUAAACUUUGCUGUGAAAAUUAGUCUACUAGGUUUUAAUAGACUAUUAAAGAGGUUGGAAGUAGUUACUAUGUUUAACUAAACGGGGGGAGAGGAGCUCUUCCUGGCAAAUGUAUCUGCAGUGGAAAUGAGGACUACUAGAUGUGCCAUGUAAGGUCACAUUCUCUUAGUUCACAUGUUUGAUUCUGACAUGAGCAUGAUCUCUCUUAUCCAUGUCUUGUGUGCGCGCGCACACACACACACACACACAGAUUUGUCCACAGAGCGCUUUCCAGAAACAUCCAUAGACCAUAUUUUUACUGGCAUUUACAUUUUGAACUCAAAAUGAGUGUUAAAUUCCUGAGACAAUCCUACAACACCUGUACUGUAGAUGCAAUGCUUCCACAAAAAGUAAUUAUGACAAUUAUCAGUGCAAAAUUACUGUAGUCUCAUUCUGUUUGAAUUCAGAGACUGAACAGUAAAGAUCCCACAAAUGUAUCUUUGAUUUCCACAUCUGAAGCUGUUGGUUAGUCUGACUAGGACAUAGAGCAAGAAAAAGGAAGUCUCCUUUUUAUUAAUAGGAACUAAAUUGGCUGUUUGAGGGGAAACUCGUGAAUUAAUAAAUUUAUACUUAAUGUACAGUGUUUAGUGGAGUAAAACAAGACAAGGAUGCUUACUUGAAAAAUCAAAUGUGCUGCUGACUGGUAUGAAUUCUAGGUAUUUUUCUGAUGCAGAUAUCAGUGUCCUUGUAACUGAUUAAAUACCCAGUAAUGGGGUAGUACUAAAAUCAAAGAGUGUUGUUGAACCGAUUAGAACUACUUUAGUCACAGUUGAUGAGCAUUGAGUAUGAUAGACACUAUAGAAAUACCUAAGAUUGAAUUGCAGGGAUGGUUUGUAUAGUGCAAUGGUUUUGCUGCAGAUGUUACUGCAUUAUUGCAAUUUACAGGGAUAAGCAGCUUCUUAGAUUCAGUUUUAUUCCUCCUGUAUGACUCACUUUGUAUUUUUAUAUAUAUAAAUGCUGCUUAAUUGCUAGUCUCUGUGCCUUGAGUUGAGCUCACCAGAUUGAUGCAGAUAGAUUAUUAGGGUUGGAAGGGACCUCAGGAGAUCAUCUAGUCCAACCCCCUGCUCAAAGCAGGACCAAGCCCCAAAUGGCCCCCUCAAGGAUUGAACUCUCAACCUUGGGUUUAGCAGGCCAAUGCUCAAACCACUGAGCCAUCCCUCCUGUCCUCUGAUACACAAGUGCUGAAUGAACUAAUAAUUUUUAAUUUGUACAAACCUGUGAUUCAAACCCCCAAGGUAAGACCUCUUCCAUGGCUUCUGUAAUGUCAUGCACAUACGUGGACUGUGGGUAUUGUCUUUUGUUUGGGAAGUCUUUAACACAGGCAAUAAUGCAACAAUCCGCUUAUCUUAAGGAUGGUGGUCUCUGUCACUUUGAGCCACCAUUUUAAAAGGAAGACCCAGCCUCUUUCACCUAAAUUGUAAGAGCCAUAACCUCAAACUGACUUUUUGGGGUGAUUUUGUCUUCCAGACUUACAGCUUUGAUUUGUUUCUGGGCUGCUGAGCUAAGCUGCUUAAUCAUCUUAAACUACUUUUAACACUAGCCAAAUUAUUGGGGUAAGCUGCUUAUUGUGAAUGUUUUAGCUGAAUGUUAGUGGGAUGCUUUUUCAGUAGCUGUGAUUUGCUAAAUGUCUUACUGCAAGUGAGCAGUUGCUUGGAUGUUACUGUUUUUGGUUUUUUUUCUUGUGUAUUUUAAAAGGACUCAGGAUUGUCAUAUGGCUAAUCUUCCUUGCCAAGACCAGUAUUUGACAGCAUAAUCCGUUUUCUGCACACUGACCUUUAAUGAAAAUUGUUCUUUAAACUACUUGUAACAAAGAUUAAAUUUCUUUCUUGCCUAGGAAGAUCUUUAAUUUGAGACUCGGGGGGAAAUCAGGCCUAUAGUGUCUUGCUCAUGAGAAAUGCACAUAUUUUUACAAUCAAGAUGAGUCUUAAUCACGUUUGGGAUGGCUUUUACAUUUAAUAGCAAGAUGUACAUAACUACAACAUUUGUUUUUUGUAAAAUAUAAUUUAAAUGUGGUGAUAGUGUAUGGAAAGUUGUUUGCUGUCAAGCAACAGGAUUGCGUUCUCAUUUCAAGUACAUGACUUUUUGGCUGAGUAGAUUUAUUUGAAAAGAAUGUGCGAGUAACUUGGUCAAAAGACAGUAGAUGGCAUACCCUGCAUUUUCAGUUGGUGUAAAUUUACUCCUGUAGCAUGAAGUCCAAGCAGCAUUGUUUGGGUAACUCUCAUGCUAUUGCUUGGGCAGCAUGGAGGCCAACAAAUGCAUUAUGUGUCUUCAGGAUGCUCUGUCCUGAGCUAACUCUGGUCUAUUGUGGGGUAGGGUGCCUGUGAGGGACAGGUGUCAGGCUGUCCAGCCAUCGUGUUUUAGGUCUUCCAGGAAGUCUCUCACCCUGCUUCCAAACAGCAUAGCAACAUUUAUUUUUUUCCCUAGUAAUGAACUACUAGGUGAGCUGGAAUUAUUGAAGACUGUAGAUAAUGUGACUAAUAUAAACCCCUGAACGUUGAACCAUCAAGGACUACUUACAACUGUUUUGUUUCAAAUGACACUAGAUUCUGCUUCUAAUAUACUAAUGGAGGUGUUAGUGAUCUCUUAACUUCAUCCUGAAUCCCUGCAGAAGAUGGUCCAUUUUAAGAGUGAUUGGGGGGUAGGGGGGAGAAACUUGCUAAAUUUCACUUUUCUAAUUGACAAACCUGAUGACAGUCAAAAUUUCAUCUAACUGUCCAUGAAGACAUAACAGCAAGGUGCUACAGUGAAUCUCAUUACUAGAAAUGUGUAUAAGAUUACUACCUACAAUGUUGCUUAGCAUUGAACAUAACAUGGCAGAAAAUAGGCCUUCCACUGAAGUUUACAAUUUGAUCCUAUAAGCAGUUAAACAUGAAUAAAGUUACACACUGUGUGUGAGUGGGCCUCAAGUGGGGAGCUUAAGUAAAUCUAGUAUCCUUGCUACACUACACUAUGGGUUACAUAGUACAAAAAAUAAGCAUGUCAGAAUAAUUGAGCCUAGUACUUUUUUGUAAUGCACUAUUGCAGUAAUCUAUAUUUGAUCUUCCAGUCAUUAACCUGUGAAAUUUUAAGAGUGGCUGCCUGUCUAUUAUCAGAAUCCAGAACUCUAACUCAGAGGUGGAAGCUAGUGCUACUGAGUAAGAUUAACUAUAUUUGAGGUUAUGAUUUGUUUUCAUUUUUUAAAAUCUGAGUAGAGAAGGGAGGAAGGAAAUACUCACCAGUUCAGUACAGAUGCUAGCUAUCACUGUGUUGUGGGGAUGCAAAUGAGAUACCUGGAGAAGUUGCUGUUGAAUAGCAUUGUUCCUCAAUAUUAUAUAUACCUUUCACCCAUUUAAGAUAAAUUGCUUAAUAGGACUUACAAGGAAGACAGAUCAAUGCAUGGCUCAGUGUACCUUCACACUCACUGACUUAUGGUACUGCAUAAUUCAGAUGUCAUAUGAGACCCCGAGGAUUGUAUGAAAUAGAAAAUGGAUUUUAAAGAUGUUGAAUUUGUAUUAAAUAGGCAUGAGAACCCUAAAAUACACCUAAGAUUGUUUCAAUACCAGUUCAGAUCAGCAUCUUUAUUCAUGAAUAACCUUGUCCUGUUUUCUUCAAUUAGCUUCUACGAUUGUAUUUGGUAUGACAGCUGAUUUUUUUUUAAACUGUGUGACUUUUAGAUGUUAAAGGAAUAAUAUAAGAUAAAGAGGAACUUUCUUCAACCCAGUUCUCUCACUGUUAAUACUGGUUUUGCAAAACCAAAAUAUGAUGGUGUCAGACCCUACCUGACUAGGAUGCUGCAUUGCAUACAAUAGCACUACCCACUCCUGCAGUGGCUAAUUCCCUCCCUCCACUCCCCAAGACCAUGGAUCCUCUUUCUGCUUUUUAUUUUUAUUUUACUCCCCUUUUCCUCAAAGCCCUUGUGUUGGUGACCAUCCAUAUCUGGCCUUCACGGGCAGGAGGUUGUUAUAGUACCCUGUCAAAAGAUGCAGGUCAUUCUCCCAGGAUCUGCUAGCAACUGAAAUAUUUAUUCAUCUUCCAAUAUGUGCAAAUGCAGAAUAAUUUACCUUUCAGGUUUAGUGAGCCACACUUCAAGUGUAAGUUCCUGCCUGUGGGGUAAUUUUACUCUGCAUACAAUGUUUGGCAGAAGCACUGUUGUGUAAAGGAAUUUGCAUAUUUCACUUCCCACAUAUACAAAAACCCUUGAUGGUAAUAUGUGCCAGGAUCUAGUUCAAGAGUUGAAAUUAGUAGCUACCGAGGGGGCUGGCUAGCACAUGAAGGAGUGUGAAUGAAAAAAUUGCCAAAACCAUUCCUAGCAGCAACACAGUACUGUUUGCGCCUUUCCAGUUAAUUUUUAAAUACAUGAAGUACUCUUACUGGUGUGCUUAAAUUUAAUAGUGUGGUAUUAGAACAUCUAUAAACAAAUGUUUUGAGUAGGAAACUGCUGAUUCUAAAUAAAAUUGCAGAGACGCUAUACUGUAACUUGGUUGGGGGAGUGCUGAAGUUAAGCCAUUAUGACUUGCCCCAAGUGCAAUAUUAAAAAUUUUGAUGUAAUCUUUUUUUCUACUUGAAUGGUUUAAGUAAAACGUUUCAUCUGAUGUAUUUGAAAAAGAUUUGGGAUCAAAUUUCCUUUCAAUAAAACUUGGUUUAAAAAAAAA